AUGGUGGAGGGUGACAGACAAAGCGAAAAGAAAGUGAAUUAUUGUAUAAGAGACGAUGAGAGCAAGGAAACAUCGGAUCAGCCAUGCAGAGACCUGCAGCGGAUAAUAGAGUGGCGCCCGGACAGGGAGGUCCAUCGUACUACUACUGCUGCUCCACCUGGCCAGACCGUCAAACCCAGAAAGACGGCUCAACCCACCUCUCUCGAAUCUGUUCUCGUCAGAGAUCAUGACGGCAACUACCAAUAUCUCAAAAACGACAGGUGGGGCUGUAUCGUCAAAAACGACAGCAUGAUCUAUCCCUUAGUGAAAAACCUCUCUAACCGUUGUCAAAACGAAGCGGCAGGCUACUAUGUCGGUACCGACGAUGUAUGUGACAUCAAACUGUUCAUGGAUCCUGAACGGUAUCCCGACCUGGCUGACAAUCCUCGAUUUCAGUUUCUGAAACCUGAAGGACGCUUCUUCAUGCCCACCAAGCCUUCCUCUCCUGUAAAGCUGAUUCAUUGUCUGUACAGAAUAAAGCAAAAGCUGUCCACUGGCGCCUUUGGUGAUGUAUUGUCAGCUGAGUGUAAAAUGACACAUAAGCAAGUCGUCAUAAAGAUCAUACCCGAUCAGGUACCUCACUCUCAGCAGCAGCAGCAGCCGCUGCGGAUAAAUAAGGAGACGAAGAAGAAGCCGAGACAGCCCAAAUUUUAUCUGCGAGAAAUGAGUGUUUGUCUCUCUUUGCCCUAUCACCCUUGUAUCAUUCAGAUAAACCGUGUUUUUGAAUCCAACAACAAAAUAUAUAUUGUCAUGGAAUACGGUAAGGACGGCGAUUUGUUUGAAACAGUAUUAAAAAGUUUUCUGGAAGAAGAUCAAGUCAAGAUUGUGUUUGAUCAAAUAGCGCAUGCUGUGGCGUUUUUGCAUGACAAAGGCAUUGUUCACAGAGAUCUCAAACUAGAAAACAUCAUUUUAUGUAAUAGGGAACAGCUAAAAGUCAAAGUGUGUGAUUUUGGAAUAUCCAACUUUAUCCAAGAUGGAAAGCAUCUGGAAACAAGUUGCGGUACCAUCAAUUAUGCUGCCCCUGAAUUACUGACAACGCCACGAUCCUAUGGUGCAGAAGUGGACAUUUGGAGCUUGGGUGUUUUAUUAUACACAGCGUUAGCCAGUAAUACACCGUUUAUGCAAAUUAGUAGCAUUGAUAAUCUCGAAGAAAGAGCAAAGUUGAAGGAACAAAUUAGAACAGGAAAUUACAACUUUCAUCACCCUGUUUGGCGAGGAAUCAGUGCAGAAGCUAAAGACCUUAUCCAACAUAUGCUUGAUAUCAACCGUGAUACCAGAUAUACCAUACAAGACGUUUUACGCCAUCCCUGGUUACAACAAUUAGAGGUAAUGGAUGUCAUUACUAUGAAUAAAGUGGCGAUUUGCUAA